AUGGCGGACGAAGAGGAUCCCUUGGUGAAGGCGCUUCCUCCGGCCACUGACUACCUGACCUACCUGACGCUGCUGGAGUACCAGUUGACCCCCGCGCGGUUGCCGACCCUCCACCGAUUGCUGCAAGAUGAAACCCUUACCACCAACAUCGGAUGGGACCUCGUCCAGCUCCUUCUGCCGAUGCUCCCUCAGUCGCAGCAAUGCCUCCAGGACGUUGCGCGGCUGGGGAAUCCCCGAGAAGUCAUCUUGCGGGUGUCAGAUGCGCUGAUGAAGCUACAACCUGAGAAGGACGAGGAGGAAGAGGAAGAAGAAACGGAGGAGACAGAAAAGCACACAAAAUCGCAAGAUACGAAAGAAUUGGAGGAAAAGGUCAGGGAUAUUGAUAUUGGCAGCGGCGAAGAAUCACAAGACAGCAAGAAAACCCUUCCGCGCCAUGUGAUCCAGUUCAACUGCCUCGUCGCCAUGCUUUCGGUGCUUCAUGCCCGCAUCAAAACCAAGUAUCCCAGCCGAUUCAUUGCCACGUCGCUCCAGGCUGCACUGGAAGCUUAUACCUCGAUGCCAACAAACGAGACAACCACCGCCUUUUUAGAGUUCCUUCGAGACCUGUCACCGACGAAACGACCGGCUUUACCACCUCGCGGAACCAGUCAGACGUCUGUCGUUCGGGUGUCGGAGGCAUCUGCUCCGGACCCGGAAGCGGAGACUCAAUCUACGUCUUCGGGUGACCAGGAGCUGGUGCGGAAGCUGGUCCAGUUUGGCCUCGUCGAAGUAUUGAAAUCCUACAUGUUGAGUCUCACGAACCCUACAGAUUCGGGGCUGUCCUGGGCAUUGCGAUUGCAGGAAAAGCUUGAUCCUGAAGCAGCUCGGAUGACAUCCAAGACCCGCAUUCAUGCAGCGACGGAGCACCUGAAGGAAAGAGAUAUGAUCGUUGGAAAGAUUACGGCGUUAUCGCGAGAUUUAGGUCUAAGUGACGAUGAAUUGCUUCGGAUUGUGUCCACACCCGCCAAGAAACAGCCACCUCCUUUAGAUUUCGAAGAGCUACCGAAAUCACCAGAGGGAAUUCCGUUGGAAAGACACGGCUGUUUACUGCUGUUGGCGGCUCGUUUUUCGGCGACCGUCCUCUUCUCGCAGCAAGACAACAUACGGAUCCCAAUAUACCCAGACUUGGCGGUGAUAUUUACCAACUUCAUCGGCGUUCCUAGUACGUCAGACGGUGCAGGCUUGGAGCAGCCCCAGGCUCUCCAGGACGCGCUUCUCGCCCUGACGGUGAUCUCUAUCCGCGAGAAAAUAGAGGAGCCGGUCAAUGAUCGGCAGUACGAAGACUUUGUGCUGGCCCUCACAGCCUGCAGUUCCCGUCAGAGCUACAACAGUCUGCGAAGGAUCCCGUCGACAGUUGUUCGCAGUCAUCCGUCGCCAAAUGCCCGGUUCAACCUGAUACGCAAAGUCUUGGAGGACGAAAAUCUGCUGUAUGCGAGGGAGAGCGCGAUCGGAUGGCAGAAAGACGAAAUCCUGGCGACAACAGCGGCGAAUGCCGAGCCCAACAUUUUCGUCGACCCACGUUGCUUCUCAGCUCUUUUCCCACUGCUGUUUAAUCCCGCGGAGCUUUCUGCUCUGGACGUGUCGUCCAGCGGCAACAUUGUCGUGUCGUGGCUACGAUUCUCGCAGAUACUCGCCUCGCCGAUCCACGCGGCCCUGAGUCUGUACUACAUUCUCCUGUCGUCCUCCAAACUGCGCGACCGUCUGCAGCUGAGGAAAUCCUACCGUUCGUUCCGGACAAACUUCCUGGCGCCGCUCAAGGCCGUCUGCCACGCGUUCGAGGAAGACCUGACGGCGAACGGCGGCGAUGGGAAGAUCGAGGCUGCUGUAGGCGAAGACGCGUGCCAGGUGGGCAUGGCGCGAUCGGUGGGGUUGCUGCAACACAUCAUCGAGCAGAUUGAGGAGCGUGUAGCUGACGUAUUUGACGAUGAUGAUGACGAAUAA